AUGUGUGCUAAUGUUCAAACAAAUUCGGACACCACAGUCACUCAAGUCUGUUACGAAGAUAUGGCUAUGGCAGAAAGCUCAGCGAAAACUGAGGACUCUUGGGCGUCUCCCUCACAGGAGCCAGUAAAUGGUAUUGUACAACCUCGAGUAGUGCCUCCUUUCGGAAAGCCCACUCGACACACAAAUCAGUUGGAUUACUUGUUGAAGACAGUUCUCAAAGCUGUCAUGAAACAUAAGCAUGCUUGGCCUUUUGUCACUCCUGUCGACGCUGUCAAGCUGAAUUUACCGGACUACCACAAAGUGGUUCGCCGUCCUAUGGAUCUGAAAACCAUUGAAAUGAGACUUAGAAACACCUACUAUUAUUCUGCAAAAGAUUGCAUGGAGGACAUUGAAUGCGUCUUUCGAAACUGUUACAAGUUCAAUCAAAUGGAAGAUGAUGUUGCAAUAAUGUGCCAGAAUAUCGAGAACGUGUACAGGAACUUGAUCCAAAAUCUUCCUGAAGAGGAUCCUGAACGCAAGUCCUUAUGUCCAGCAAGGGAACCACAGCUUAGACGGCACUCACGUUCCAAUUAUGAAAACAGCGAAUCUGAGUCAAUGAAAUUCUGCCGUGAAGUCCUUGAAGAGUUGAUGGGCAACGAGUGUAAGGAUUUCAAUUGGCCAUUUCUGGCUCCAGUCGAUGUUAAGGGAUUGCACUUGCUCGAUUAUUAUGACAUAGUCUCAAAACCAAUGGAUCUUGGAACGAUAAAAAAGAAAUUGGAAUCGAAGCAGUAUGCGAAUGCAGAAGAAUUUGCCGAGGAUAUUAGGCUGGUCUGUAACAAUUGCUUCAAAUACAAUCCAUCAUCUCAUAUCGUCCAUCAGCAUGCCCGAGCUCUCCUGCAAGCUUUCAAUGAACGGUGGCUGAAUUUACCAGUGGGCAAGAAAAAUGUACACUUUGUGGCUAGCUCAAGCAGAACGGCUGUUGAGAGUAUCAAAAGUUGUCGCAGGGUGGAGCUCUUGGAAGAAAAGCUAUCAACAAUCACAGGAGAUAUCGCCUCACACCUAAUGAGGAUAAAGGAGUUAGUGGGCCAGACUGCACCACAGGACGUGAUUUUCAAAGAAAUAGAAUUAGUAGAAGAACUCUUGAACCAAUUAUCCUCGCUAAGCGUUCCUCAGUACGAGCCGGUAGACACAAAGGCUCACAAAGCAUCUACCGCUACAUCGAUCGUCAAAGAUUUGGUUUCUAGCAGCCCUGAACCGAAAACUACGCACCAAACAUCGGUGGAUGCCGACGCAGAAACAGCGCAACCUUGCUGUAGUUAUGGACUUCAGCGGACCGCAUACGAUAUUCAUACAAACAAAAAACAUCGGAAGAAAGACUAUCGAUUCGACUCUGGGGACGAAGCCGCUCACAAACCAAUGUCCUUUGACGAAAAACGCCAGCUUAGCUUGGAUAUGGGAAAACUACCGGCAGACAAACUCACUAUUGUAGUUAGUAUCAUCGAGAACAGGGAAGGCCUAUCUGAUGAUAAAGCAGAAGAAGUGGAGAUUGAUUUCGAGGCUUUGAAACCGGUAACGCUUCAUGAGUUGCGCGCAUUUGUUACGGCGAUCUUGAAGCGAAAAUCGCGCAAGACCGCCAAAGUUGGCAAUGAAGAACGAAAACGUGCGAUUGAAGAAAAGAUCAAAAAUCUCGGUGGCUCAAUCACACAACGUCCUAAAAAAGGCGCCCCAUCGGUAGAUACUGUAGCAUUGCAAGCUAGUAAAUGUGCUCCUUCUUUAUCGGAGAUCUCGUCGGAUAGCGAAGACUCGUCCUCUUCCAGCAAUGCUUCGUCUGACUCUGAUUGAAGUUGAAUAUCUGUCUAAACUCGAAAUAUUCAGUAAAUUGUUUUGAUCAGGCGUGUUUUGAACCGUAAUCUUUUGAUCUCCUGUGACUUUUGUUGUAUCACUAUUGUUGUUUAGCGCUGUUUUUAU